UCACCUGACCAUCUCAACCUCUAUUUGACCGGGGAGCGCCAAAGAGCUGGGAAUACGUGCUUGUGCUCCAAUCGCAAUAUCACGCCUCCGCGAUUGCAUUAGCUUCAUCAGCCAUGUCGACGGAUGGUCGCGAGGCUGGGGUUGGCCCUCCAUCCGCGGAACCACCCCAACCAACGGCAGCAGCAACAACACAGCAGGACGCUCCAAGCCCAGAACUAUUCGAAGACCUAAACAUCCCGGUAGUGCGUCACUCCUCCGAUCCUCUAACCCAAACAUCCGACCAACAUCCUCACCACCACAGGCCGACUACGACCCUGACGCCUCCGACUCAGCCUACGACGACGAUGACUUCCUGUCUGACACCACUUCCAUCCCGUCUACCAUCAUGCGACACCGCUGGGAAAACGGCCGCCGCUACCACAAGUUCCGUGAAGGCGAGUACUGGGGUCCCAACGACGACAUCCAAAACGACCAGCUCGACAUAGCGCACCAAAUGUUCCUCAUCAUGCUGCACAACAAACUGCAUCUGGCUCCAAUAGCCCGGCCUCAUCAUACUUCCCUCCCCCAAGUUCUACCACCCACCUAUCCCCUUGACCCAGAUAGCAAGCAAGCAGCAUCCAGUGACUGACUAACCCUCCACGCACCCCAGAACCACCCCAAAGAGUCCUCGACCUCGGCUGCGGCACGGGCAUCUG